AUGGGUUCAGGUCCGGCGCUCGAGCUUCCCUCCAUAGAUUUUUCCGGAGUGGGCGAUUCGGAGCCUGGAAGCGGCGGCUGGGAUUCCGUCCAAGAUGCUGUCCGGCGAGCGCUCGAAGAGUAUGGCUGCUUCUUGGCUCUGUACGACAAGGUCACCGAGGAGCUUCAUGACGAGGUCUUCCAUCAGAUGGAGGAGAUGUUCGGUCUUCCGGCCGAGACUAAGCGCCGGUUCGUCGACCCGACGAGGCCGUACGAUGGCUACCUUGCUAACCUCCCUCCUAACCCGGAGACCAUGGGGAUGCGCGAGGCCCUGAACUCCGGCGCGAUCGAACGCAUGGCCGGUCUCCUGUGGCCAGAGGAGAACGCCAAAUUCUGCGAGCUGCUGAACACGUACGUGAGGAGGCUGUCCGAGUUAGACUACACGAUCCAGAAGAUGGUGUUCCGAAGCUUUGGCGUUGAGCGCUAUCUCGACUCGCACGCCGCGUCGACGGUACAUUCCCUUCGCCUCCUGAGAAUCACGUGA